UGUUACCGCGUUUAAUACCUUUUUGUUUUAUAAGAAUGUAUUCACCAAAACGAACAGAACGCAACGACACUUCACAUAAUGCACUUACACCGAUUGUUCAUGUGUUGAAGAGUGCACAAUCCACUGCAACAAAAGAAUUCGAUCGAUUUUAUGAUAACUUGUGGUCCAGAUUAACUCCCAGCAACUCUCGUACGAAAAAAGUUAUACAAGAAGAACGUACCUCAUUAACACCACUUAUUGAACGCCAUACCCUACGUGAAGACGCUAGAUAUGGAGAUUCUUUUUACUUGGAUAACGAAUCAAUUGUAGCGGAAACACCUAUGUUGGAAAGAACAGAAACUCCCAUGAGUUAUGAUAGUCCUCAUAGACGCUCUCAGCAUCAUUAUAGCUCACAAACAUUAGCUAGCCCACAGACAGUAGCUAGCCCACAACAUAGAUCUACCAUCGAUAGCCCACACAUUUACAGUCCUCUCAGGCCUAUGGCCAGCCCAAGAAGAUCUACCUUGCAUCAAGGCUCAUCUGUCAUGAUACAACGUCUAACUGAAGAAAGAAAACGCAUGGACAGAUUACAAGCCAGUGUCACCAAAAUCAAGAGACAGUCUUCCUAUUUAGCUGAGGAACCCCAUACAUCGAUUCGUCACGAAAAAGAAGCUCAUACAUCAGUCCGUCAAGAAAGAGAACCCCGUCAUAUUCGUCAAGAAAAGGAACCUCAUCAUAUUCGUCACGAAAAGGAAAAAGAAACCCCAACCCCAAUCCGUCAAGAAAAGCCCACUACCAUGGACUUGAGUAAACAUCAUUCAUCACGCCUAUCGUCACACCAAUUAGCAACUCCUCCUCAAUCCAUUGAGAGUAUUAAAACGUCGUGGAAUAAGCGUCAACGAUCUCCUUCAGUAGAUCAUUCAGUAAAGCGUAUGGCAGUUUCUCCUACACCCACUAAACGUAUGGCAGCAUCCCCUAGUGCAUCUUUCACACCCUAUAGACGUGAGGAUGUUACACCUACCCUAUCUAGAAAGCGUCUUGCUGUAUCACCCAAACGUAUCCCCAUAGAGAAUCUUCCCAAGUUGCGAUCCACAGAGAUGAUUAGUACGCCGGGUGGAAGUAUAGUCAGUAAUCGCUUCUGGAAAGAGAUCCACGGACUCAAUGCCAGCCCCAGGAGACGAGAGAUGACACCUAAGCGCGAAACCAACACAAGCUCAUGGGCCAACGACGAUGGAUUUUGGUCUGCGGAGAGUGCGCCUAUGCCUGGUAGCACUUUCAACAAUAAAUUGAUGCAGGUGGCACAACAAGAGAAGAAACAAAAGAGGCAGCGAGAGGAGCAAGUGGCAAACGAUAUGCAAUGGAGUCAUGAGGCACCGGUGACGAGUAAAUUGGAUAUGUUUGGUGAUUCCAGUCCUUUAUCACAGGAAAUAGAGGCAGCACAAAAACGAGAAGCAAUUCUUAAACGAAAUCAUAUACCCGCCAUGAAUCCUGAUUUACUUGCUCAAUUGAAAUCCGUGCAUCGUGAUCGACUAAUUGAUGAUAGUGAUUCUUAUAAAUUUGCAUAAAAUAAUUAACAAUG